GUAGUGUUGUUUAAUUGUUUAUACUUAACUUGUUCAUUAUAAAGUAGUUAUUACAAUAUUCAAUAUUGUCAAUAUUACAUUAUUAUUUAUUACUUGAUAUUUAAAUAUUUAUUAUUUGAUAUUUACUUCACUGGACACAGUUCACUGUUUCACACUUAUAUUAUUUUGUAAUUGAAAUUAAUUAUUAUCUAUUUAAAUACCAUAGUACACCAGUAUUAUUAUAAUAAAUACUAAUACUGGUUGCGAUUGUUUAUAAGUUAUAACAUUACAUUUUAUUGCUUUCAUUAGCCUUUUUACAGUCAUUUUGAUGUUUUAUUUGUGAAUUUUAGUAUUUUUUUUUCUUCUAAACAAACUUCACAGUUUUGUUAACUUAUGUUAAUGUAACGCAAAAAAACACAAUUAUUUUUAUUGAAAACGAGCAAAUCGCUAAUAUUGUGACAAUAUUGACUAACACCUAGGUACUACCUAUGACUACAAAAAGAUCUCAAUUCAUAAUGAAGGAAAACAGAAUUCCAAUAGGAAAAAAAAAGGAAAAUAUAGAAAAAAAUGAAACACUAAAAAAAAAUGGGGAACCAGAGUUGGUUGAAGAUCACGUAAUUUCAAAAUCAAAGACUUUAAAGUCAUCCAAAAUAUCUAAGAAAACAAAUAAAUCUAAUGAAUGUAAACCUCUUAAGCUUGUUAACAUCAAUGAUGAAUCUACUGAUACAUCAUUAACGAAACCAAUUAAAAAACCAAGAAUCAUUCUAAGCACAAUUAAAGAAAUGAAGGAAGAAAAAUCCAAUACUAAAAAAAUAUUGAAUAAGAUAAAAAUUGUAAAAGAUAACGCCCCAACAUUGAUUGAAAAUGAAAAUAAUUUACAAGAAGAAAUUGAUAUGGACAAUUUUAAUAACACAAUUGACGAAAUGAAACCAGUAGUCCCUGAGAUUGUGCUGAGUCCUUUUGUUUGUACAACACGUGGUCAUAAAUGGAAACCAAGUCCUCGCAAACCUCCAAAAUUAUCUGAGUUGUAUGAUAAAUAUGAAGAUGACAAUGUUGCUGAUAAUUUUAGGAAAAAGUUGGACAGUAAAACUAUUGAAUUACAAAAUAAAGUUAAAUAUUGGGCAGAAUUAUCUUCUGAAAAUAGCCGUGAUAUUCCACAAUCUAUCAAAGAUGAAAUAGAUGUUGCAUGUGGACAAACAAAACUUUUGACAACUGACAAAUUUAUGCAAAUGCGUUCCCUGAUAAAUGAAUUUGAUAAUAAAUCUGGGGCAAUGCUUAUAACAACAGACGAUUUAGAUGGAUUUUGGGAUAUGCUAUUGCUACAAGUUGAAAAAUUAGAAGGCCAAUUUAGUCAACUUGCCAUAUUGAAAAAUAAUAAUUGGGCUCCAUUAAAACCAAUUGCCAAAAAAGUAAUUAACAAAUUACCCACAUUUAAUAAACGUCCAGUAGUUAAAUCAAAAUUUGCAGAUUUUAUUAAAACCCAAAAAUUAAAGGAAGAGAAAACUACACUUAAUAGUGAAAAUUCUAAUGAAAAAAAUGAUUCAAAUAAUUCAAAGUUCAAUGAAAUGAAAUUCUCUAAUAACACUUAUCUUACUUCUAGCACUCCAACUUCUUCAAAUCAAAAAAAUAUAAGUUUUACCCCUGUGCUAUUGAAGACUAUGGAGUUAUCAUAUGUGGCUCGUAGGUCAGGCAUGACACCAAUAGUUUUAGGCACUCCACAUGUAUCUCCAUUAAAACCAGCAUUGAAAAAGACAGAUAAUGAAAAAGGCACAAAGCGGAAGAACAUACAUUUUGAAUCUCCUAAAAAAAUUGCUAAUGGAUUUUUAACACCUGAAAACUCGUGCAAUGAAGAUAUCAAACCUAAAACCAUUCAGAACAGAGUUGUUACUCCACAUACUUCGAAAAAAACUAAAGUAUACCAGAACAAUGGUGUCAGAUCUCAAAAUAAACCUAUUGAUACAUCAAUUUCUACUCAAACCGGAAAUAAAAUUAACAAAAAAAAUACUAUCAAAGCACAGUCAGAAGUGAAAAAGACAGUAACUAAAACGUUGGUUGAUAUGCAAGAUGGCAAAUCAUCAAUAAGACGUUCUUCUAGACUGGCCAACAAACCUUCAAUAAGUUACAAAUGUUAGUAAAUAAGUAUGAUUUUUGUAUAAAUCCUUUUUUUUAUUUGAUAAGUUAACAAAAUGUUGAAAUUUAAAAAAUAUUAUCAAUAAGUAAAACAUCUAGGAAUCACGAAUCUUGGUAAAAUGAAAAUUAUUAACAUAUGUUGUAUUUUAUUCAGUGUUUUAUUUUGAUUUUUUUAAAAUACUAAACAAACAUUUAUUUAUUUUUAAACAAAUGUGUGAUUAUAAAAUGUUUUCUUUA